AAAAUCAAGUUGCAACCAAGUGCUUUGUCAAAAGAAGGUGCCAUCUCAACAAUGGUCUGGCUUCCACUGACCCAAUGGCUGAAGACACCCUUGGCUUUCAUCUGAAUACAUUCUAGUUCAUCCAAUGUUGCAUCAUCAGGUUAACAGAGAUGGAGAUCUCCAGGAUUUGGAGACCAGUAACAAUGGGCACUAAAAUUCUGGACUAGAUUUGAGAAAGGUAGAUGGACUAUAAGGCAAUCGCCCAACAAUCUGCUGAACAAGUUUUAGCUUACAAUCAAGACCUGUCUGGCUGGAAAGUCGUUAAAACUUCAAAAAAGGUAACUGUUUCCAGCAAGGCCUCUAAACUAUUCCAAGGAAACCUAUACCGUAUUGAAGGAGUAAUUCCAGAAUUACCAGCUCACCUCUCUGAUUUCCUCUACAAAUCUGAACACAGAGUUUCAUGGGAUAAAUCUUUGAAAGCAUUCAACAUGAUACACAAGAUUGAUUCGGAUACACUUAUAUGCCACACCAUCACACAGAGUUUUGCCAUGGGCUCAAUUUCCCCGAGAGACUUUAUCGACUUAGUACACAUCAAGCACCAGGACGGGAAUAUGGACAUUAUCAGUACUAGGAGUGUGGAGUUCCCAGGAUACCCUCCCACGUCACAUUAUAUCCGUGGCUAUAACCAUCCCUCCGGCUAUGUGUGCUCCCCUCUCAAGGAUCCCUGGUGAGAGGUGGUGGCUGUCUGCUUGUGGCUGUCUGCAGUGCGGUGUGUGGAGAAAAGCUGUUCACUCUGCAGAUUUGGAAAUGAAUGAAAAACGGAAACAGCAGGGUUCGUAUUGGAAAAGUGGAAUCCCUGAGACUCUGUAGGGCCUUGACUCAUACGUUCGUCCUUUAACUGAUUAUCUACAUAAUAGGAGCAGUCCUUUCCGCAGGAUGGAUGGGAGGAGCUACUGGUACUCAACCCCGACGUUCCCGGCUCACAGGGAGACACAGCCGAUGCCUGCUUGCCAGUGAGCAGAGUAUCUCUGGGACUUAAGCAGCCCGCCUGCGUCUGCUUUGUAGAAAAGAAAGACAAUACUCCUCUCGAGGCAUGUAACGGACAACUCAAACUUCCUUUCCCUUGAAGAUUUUCUCUAGAUUUUCCAGAAAGGAUUUCUUCUUGAAUAUCUGCUGGAAGCUGCGUGAAGACUUCUUGGUCAACACCCUCUGGCAGGAACUGGAGUGGCAAGUCACUCGUGUCCUUUUCUUUAGGAAAGCAGGUGGCAUCCGAUGGAGACUCCCCCCUUCUCGUGCUUUCGAUUCUUCUACUUGGGAGACAAUCCCAGUUUGCUUCUUUCUCCUUGUAGGAGUCCUCCAUGUGGAUGUCCUUCACUUUCUACAACACAAGGAACAGCAGAGCUCAGAGUCCACAUGCCUUGCACAUCACUGCUGCAGGUGUCCUGCAACUAGUGUGUCUCACACACCCAUAAACCUGCCCAACCCUUCGACCUCCCGUUACCAGUGCCAGGUACCCACAGAGAUCAAUCCAGCCCAGUGUCACACACCACUGAGUGGCUUAUCAUUCCAUUCAUACGUUCCUGGCUAACACAGAGUAGGAGACAAAAUAUGAAUGAAGAAAGGAGGGGCUGGGGAUUUAGCUCAGUGGUAGAGCGCUUACCUAGGAAGCGCAAGGCCCUGGGUUUGGUCCCCAGCUCCGAAAAAAAGAACCAAAAAAAAAAAAAAAACACCACAAAGCAAAAA